AUGGUCCGUCGCAGUACGAUCGCGGCUCGUGUGACCAUGACCCUCCUCCCCGUGACCAUUGCGAUCCCUGUACUGCUCAUGACCGUUGCGCUCUUCGCACUACUCGUGAGAGCGGCGGAUCCGGUUCAGCCCCCCGAGGAAGAUCCGUUUCUGGAGGCCGCGCGGGACUUGUAUCAGAUCCGAGGCUCUGAUGCGGCCAACCUGGCAGGCACCCGGCAAGCACAAGCGGACAUAUGGCGACAGCAGUUCCCUGGCAGGCAGUGUGUGGGGCGGCGGGUGAUGGUGGUGGAGUGGCUGAGCAUGGGGUGGCACGGGAUAGGGUCGCAGCUGCACGUGAUGGGCGCUGUGCUCAGUGCCGCCGUGCGCCACAACCGCACUCUCGUGCUCGUGCCCGGCUCGCUGCCCCAGGCCAACCAUGACGAUGGUGUUGGAAGGAGGCUUUUGAAAGCAGCAAUUAAGACUGGGAAUGCUGAUGAUUCUGGUACUGAUAGUAGUACAUCUGAUGGUGCUGAUGAUACUGGUGAUUAUAACGAGGAGACUGAGGGGGACGUGACAAAUGAGGAUGUGAUUGUAGCGGAGCCGUGUGAUGGAGUGGGGUGUCUGGGCUCGGAUGCUCUAGUAAUCUUCCCAGCAACGCCGGGGUUUGGUGUGGAUGGAGGGUCCAACUUUAUUUCUCAGCUCAAUGCUUCCGCCGCAGACGUGCGGUGUCUGGACUCAGAAGCUCUUCUGCACCUCCCAGCAACGCCGGGGUUUGGAGUGGAUGGAGGGUCCAACUUUAUUUCUCAGCUCAACGCUUCCGCUGCAGAGCUGUGGGGCAAGGCGUAUCUGAAGAGCCCUCUGCCCAACGAGGUGAUGGGGCGUUUGAGCAAGAACUCCAAGUUCCUCAAAAAGGCGCACUGGUGGCGGGCCCAGGCAACGCGCUUCAUGCUGAGGUGGCCGUCGGCCUACCUGUGCCACAUCAUCAACCGCGAGCGCCACCACGUGUACGGCAUGCACGUGGCACGGCAGGUCGUGGCGUCCCGCAUGGACCAAAAUAGCAUGCUGGCGGAGUCCUGGGGAAGCAACAAGUCUACUGAGGAUAUCAAAGGGUUUGGGGGAAGAGGCAGGUUCUUUGAAGAGCGGCAGCUGCUGGCUACCGAGAUAGGCCAAGGAGGCACGCUGGGAGAGUCGUGGGGGAAAGACAAGCCCUCUGCGUUUCCUCAGAAGACUUUGAAGCGUUUCUACAGCCGCAGCAGCAGCAGCAGAAGCGGAAGCGGAGGGUUAGGAGAUUUGGAAGGGGAGCGGUACGGCUGGGAUCCUUAUCUUGCGAACUACGAGGGGGUGGGAGGGGAACCGUAUAUCCCGCGGCCGAUAGUGAGCGUGCAUGUGCGGCAGGGCGACAAGGGGUUUGAGAUGCAGCUGUUCUCCUUCUAUGCUGUCAUGUUCAUGGCUAACCGGGUGCGGCGGGGGUUCCCCAACGUGCGAUAUGCUUGGCUCAGCACCGAGAUGCAGAGUGUUGUGGAUCAAUCGAGUCGCUUCACAGACUGGACUUUCUUUUACUCUGAGGUUCCAAGGCAAGGGGCUGGAACGAGAAUGUCCGAUUACACUGAAAAGUUUGGCCUGGCGCGCACGGUGGGAAUAAGCUUUGCAAACCUUUUGAUUGCCUCGGAAUGCGAUGAUUUUGUUGGCGUCCUCGCUUCGAAUUGGAAUAGGAUGAUCAACGAGCUCAAGAACACCAAUGGACGCUUGUACAGUGGGUAUGCGUCGUUAAACAACGAUGAGUGGUGA